CGCCCGCCACCCCCUCAGCCCCUGUAAUCGCGGUAACCCAAAGAGUAAGAGACAAUGCAACCGAUCAGCAGGGUUGGAUAUACCCUCUCUCCCUCUACUCUGCCGCCUCGUAUCAUUCGCGUAUGGCGCGCUUCUCAGGAGCCCCGCGCGCCGUGCAUCAGACUAGAUUGAGAAUCCCUUCCUGCAGCCCACUCUAGACCAAUGCAAUGCCCUGAUCUUAGUACGAGGGGGUGCUGCAACCGAGGCCAUUUGCUGUACGCAAUAUGAAAGCCUGUCUUUCACCUCCCGUUUAAAUCGUAGAGUCGAAUACUUUUCUUUUUCCCUUCGGUCGCAGAGUCUGCUUUGCUGUUUAUCCUGCUGCGAUACCUGCUCUCGCUUUCUUGUUCAUACUUGUUUUCAUCGUCUUCUUCUCCUCCUUGCGCGUUGAGUUGCUUCGUUCUUCUUGAGAGCAAUGGCCCACCUCGUUGGCGACAAAGGUGUUGAGAUGGGCGAGAUAAGCGUCAGGUCCAAGUCUGUGGCCAACGACGAUGUCGUUCUCGCGGGUCUAGGCAAGAAGGCUGUCCUCAAGAGGCGUUUCUCCUUCCUUACCAUUCUGGGAUACAGCUGCACUGUCCUUAUCACCUGGGAAGGCUCGCUCAUUCUCUUCCUUUCGGGCCUCCAAAAUGGUGGCUCCGCUGGUGUCAUUUAUGGCUACAUCUUGGUCUGGCUCGGAACUAUCUCGACCUUCAUCGUUCUUUCCGAACUCGUGUCAAUGGCUCCUACCUCUGGUGGGCAGUAUCACUGGGUCUCUAUGCUGGCACCUAAACACAUGCAGAAGUCACUCAGUUACGUGGCAGGAUGGCUUACUUUGGCUGGCUGGCAAGCUUCGGUGGCUUCUGCGGCGUUCCUAACGGGUUCGCUGAUCCAGGGUCUCCUGGUGCUCACAAAGCCCGACUAUGCUCCCGAGAACUGGCACACCACCCUUCUGUACUGGGCUGUUAUUAGCUUCUGCCUUUUCAUCAAUGUCGCUGCUGGUUGGCUCCUACCCAAGUUCGAGGGAUCGCUCCUCAUUCUCCACAUUAUGGGUUUCUUCGGUGUUUUGAUCCCUUUGUUGAUCUUGGGCCCGAAGGGGAGUGCGAAGGAUGUCUUCACUACUUGGAACAACGGCGGAGAAUGGGGCUCCCAGGGACUCUCCUUCUGCGUCGGAAUCAUGGGCAGUGUGUUUGCCUUUGUCGGUGGUGAUGGCCCUAUUCAUUUGAGCGAGGAAAUCCAGAACGCUGCCGUCAUCGUUCCCCGAUCCAUCAUGACCGGUAUCGCGAUUAACGGAACACUCGGUUUCGCCAUGGUUCUCACUGUGCUCUUCCGGGCUGGUGAUAUCGAUGCCGCCUUGGAGCAAAACCCCCUAUUCCCUGUGAUGGCCAUUUUCAAGAACGCAGUGAACUCCACAGCUGGUGCGGCAGUCAUGAGCUCUCUCCUUUUCGUUCUCGCCGUGAGCUCCACAGUUGGUAUGCUGGCUUCUACUUCCCGUAUCUACUGGGCUUUCUCCAGAGACAGAGCUCUUCCAGGCUGGCGCACUCUGAGCAAGGUAAGCCACUUUAUUCUUCAUGUUCUCGCACAGCUACAAUGA